AUGACUUCCAUUCCGCUUUUGUAUGCCUACAUUACAAGGUACAUGGCAGGAACUGACAAACUCAGGCCAAAUGCAUUUGAAGUGAUUGGAGUUGAUGGGGUUAGCUCAGGAGUUGUGGUGUGUGAAGACACAAGGGCUUUAGCAGAAUGGAUACAGUCAAUAUCUGAAGGCAUCAACAGCCAAUUUCGGCAACUGAUAUCAAAAUGGAACAAAAUGUUGAUACCUGAAGACCAGAUCUUCCAUGUUUGCUGGUGCUUUGAGAAAAUCCAAGUCAACCGACAAUGGCAGGCAUGGAGAGCAAAAUUUCUGGCUUUGAAAGGAAGUGAAAUUUACUUGUUUGAUACUCCACCUGCGGAUUUGCGUGACUGGAAUAAUUGUGAAAGAGUGUCCAAAGUUUAUGAAUCAAUGUUUCGGAUUUUAAAGGACACAGAGUUAACAGAUGAUCGUCAACACUGUUUCACUAUCCAGACAGGAACAGGAGGCAGCAUCUACCUCAGUCUUGAAAGCCGCUCAGAUGUUCUUCAGUUAGAGAAAGCUUGGUAUCGAACCAAUCACCAUGCUGUCAACUUCCUUAAGAGUAAAACAUUUGGCUGCAAUUGGAGAGGUCGCCUGUCUGGAUUGACACUUGACAUACAUGUUGGGUUUUCUUUGUAUGACAGUGAGACACGGAAUUAUAUGUGGACAUACAGAUUCUCUCAAUUGAAAGGAUCUUCUGAUGAUGGCAAAUCCAAAUUAAAAUUACUUUUCCAAAAUGACACCACAAAAUUAAUUGAAACAAGGGAAAUUGAAUGCACCAGUCUCCAAACUCUUUUAUUCUGCAUCCAUGCUUUCCUCUCAGCAAAACUUGCCUCAGUUGAUCCCGCAUUUUUGCAUAACUUCUGA